CCGGGGUCAGUCAGUCGCUCCCUGUCGCAGCCGGCGAGUCUCUGCUUCCCCCUUCCUACCCGCUCCGCGGCGGCAGCUCAGACUCUUCGUGGAGGGGGAGACAGAGAAAGAGAGAGACUGACUUAAUAAAGUUUCCUGAAACAACAACUAUUACCAAAAAGAGCCCAAGGCGGGGGGAAACCCCCAUCCUUCCCCGCCCCUCUCCAAAAGCCUGAGGGACCGUCGCAGGUGGAGCGGCGCUGGGGGGAGCCGGGCUCCGGCGGCAGCCGUUGCCCUGGCAAGGGGCGCCUCGGGUCCUGCCCGCUCCGGUUCCGGCUCCUUCGGUGGCGGCGACAGCGGCUGCGGGGCGGUUCCUGCUGUCAACUGCCUGCGCCCGCGCGCCGUCCGCCCGCCCGCACGCCCAGCUCCACAGCGCGGAGGGACGCCGUGAGCCGCCGCCGCAGCCGUCGCCUCGGGCCGCGGAGGGACGUGGUGAGCUGCGGCGCUUCCGCGUCAGCGCCGGCGGGGAAUCUUUGGGAGCGCGUCGGGCCCGAACCCCGGUCCCUUCGCGCGGUCAGCCGAGGCUGCGCCAGGUGGGGCCCGAAGCCGCCUCCCACGCCAGGCUGUCCCCGCGGCCGCCCGGCCUGCCUUCCUUCCUUCCGCCCGCCCGUCGGCCCGCCCUAGGAGUUCACCAAGCCGCAAUGAAGAGCUUCUUACAGUGAAAGGAAAGUAGGUCGCGCCCACUGAAAAUGCCUUUAAGGGACAAAUACUGUCAGACUGACCACCAUCAUCACGGAUGCUGUGAACCAGUUUAUAUCCUGGAACCUGGAGAUGCUCCUUUGUUACAGCAACCACUACAGACAUCCAAAUCUGGUAUUCAGCAAAUAAUUGAGUGCUUUCGAUCAGGAACUAAACAACUUAAGCAUAUUUUAUUAAAAGAUGUGGACACUAUUUUUGAAUGUAAAUUAUGCCGCAGUCUCUUCAGAGGAUUACCAAAUUUAAUUACCCAUAAAAAAUUCUACUGCCCACCAAGUCUCCAGAUGGAUGACAACCUUCCUGAUGUAAAUGAUAAACAAAGCCAAGCCAUAAAUGAUCUCCUAGAAGCCAUAUAUCCAAGUGUGGACAAGCGAGAAUACAUUAUUAAGCUAGAACCCAUAGAAACUAAUCAGAAUGCAGUGUUUCAAUAUAUUUCAAGGACUGAUAAUCCUACUGAAGUCACAGAGUCAAGCAGUACUCCUGAACAGCCUGAAGUUCAAAUACAGGAAACUAGCACUGAACAGUCUAAAACAGUUCCAGUUACAGACACAGAGGUGGAAACUGUAGAGCCCCCUCCUGUUGAAAUUGUUGCAGAUGAAGUUGCACCUACAUCUGAUGAACAACUGCAGGAAUCACAGGCUGACUUGGAAACUUCUGACAAUUCUGAUUUUGGUCACCAGUUGAUAUGUUGUCUUUGUAGAAAAGAAUUCAAUUCCAGACGAGGUGUUCGUCGUCACAUUCGAAAAGUACACAAGAAAAAAAUGGAAGAACUAAAAAAGUACAUUGAAACACGAAAGAAUCCAAACCAAUCCUCUAAAGGACGCAGUAAGAAUGUUCUAGUUCCAUUAAGUAGGAGUUGUCCAGUAUGUUGUAAAUCAUUUGCUACAAAAGCGAAUGUAAGGAGGCAUUUUGAUGAAGUUCAUAGAGGACUAAGGAGGGAUUCAAUUACUCCUGAUAUAGCAACAAAGCCUGGGCAACCUUUGUUCCUGGAUUCUGUUUCUCCUAAAAAAUCUUUUAAGGCUCGAAAACAAAAGUCGUCUUCAAAGGCUGAAUACAAUUUAACUGCAUGCAAAUGCCUCCUUUGCAAGAGGAAAUAUAGUUCACAAAUAAUGCUUAAAAGACAUAUGCAAAUUGUCCACAAGAUAACUCUUUCUGGAACAAACUCUAAAAGAGAGAAAGGCCCCAGUAAUACUGCCAACAGUUCAGAAAUAAAAGUUAAAGUUGAACCAGCAGAUUCUGUAGAAUCUUCACCCCCUUCCAUUAUCCAUUCUCCACAGAAUGAAUUAAAGGGAACAAAUCAUUCAAAUGAAAAAAAGAACGCACCGGCAGCACAGAAAAAUAAAGUUAAACAAGACUCUGAAAGCCCUAAAUCAACUAGUCCGUCUGCUGCAGGUGGCCAGCAAAAAACCAGGAAACCAAAACUUUCAGCUGGCUUUGACUUUAAGCAACUUUACUGUAAACUUUGUAAACGUCAGUUUACUUCCAAACAGAACUUGACUAAACACAUUGAAUUGCACACAGAUGGGAAUAACAUUUAUGUUAAAUUCUACAAGUGUCCUCUUUGCACUUAUGAAACUCGUCGGAAGCGCGAUGUGAUACGACAUAUAACUGUGGUUCAUAAAAAGUCAUCCCGUUAUCUUGGGAAAAUAACAGCCAGUUUAGAGAUCAGAGCUAUAAAAAAGCCCAUUGAUUUUGUUCUAAAUAAAGUGGCAAAAAGAGGCCCUUCAAGAGACGAAGCAAAACAUAGUGAUUCAAAACAUGAUGGCACUUCUAACUCUCCUAGUAAAAAGUAUGAAGUAGCUGAUGUUGGUAUUGAAGUAAAAGUCACGAAAAACUUUUCUCUUCACAGAUGCAAUAAAUGUGGAAAGGCAUUUGCCAAAAAGACUUAUCUUGAACAUCAUAAGAAAACUCAUAAGGCAAAUGCUUCCAAUUCACCUGAAGGAAACAAAACCAAAGGCCGAAGUACAAGAUCUAAGGCUCUUGUCUGAUAACUUCAAGUGAUGUACGAAAAGGUUUGGAGUUCAUUUUUGUGGAAAGACUUUAAAUUGGUGUUAGAACCACUAAACAUCUUCAAAUGGUACUAUGAGGAAAAAAAAAGAAAAAAAUUUGAUAAAUAUAUGACUGUAACUGCUGUUUUCUGACUAAAAUAAUAACCAUCUAACCACUUGUUUCUAAGGCACUGCCUCUUCCAGCACUUUCAAGUAGCUAUGACAUUUUGUAUUGUCAUCCCAGUCCAUCAGCUAACCACCCCUGUGCGUUUGGUCUACAGUUUCUACAAAAAUGUUGCAAAUUUUGUUUUCCAGCAGUUUGUUGAUUAAGUGAUCAACAACCUGAAGAAAAUAUCACCACUGGUGAUUUUUAAUUAACAAAGACUUUAUAUGUUAGCGAUUUUAGUUUUGUUCCACUUUAUUUGGCAGAAUUUUUAUCUGGAUUGUACAGAUAUAUAAUUUCCUAGUGAGCGUAUGUUAGGACCAAAAGACAAAUCUCAACACAUUAUAAAUAUUUAGCCUACUAAAUAUUUGUAAUUAUUUUUACAUCCAUUUAUUUCUAACUUGUUCUAUAGCACUUAAAUGUUUGAAAAUUUCAUUCUAAAAUAUAUACUACAGGAAACUUCCGGUUCAUUUUCAUCCAUGGAUCAUCACAUUCUUCAUUUGUAAACAUCUGAGGUUUUUAUGAAAAACAUUCCCCUAUUUUUCUUUAAGUUUCAUACAAAGCACUUUAAUGAUAGAUGCAACUUAAUUUUUCAGUUUUUUUUAAAAGACCACACAUUUACUAAUGUUAAUAUGAAGGUAAUAGAUAGCUUACUGCUAUUUUAUGGAUGCAGACAAUCCCUGCACAACCACUUCUUAUAAUACUAGUUUAUUUCUUUAAAUAUUACUAAAAAAGGAAGAUUGGGGUGUAAACCCUGAUUCUUUUUCUCUCCCAAGUAAAAUCUUAAAUGACCACUUUAGAUAAUAUUUGAUCCCUACUGUAAAAUUUAGAAAAUAAUGAAUUUUUGUCCAUUUUUGUAAUCAAGAUUUUAGGGAAAACAGAAGUACAUUUAUCUUUAAUGAAAUACUGGGCAGGUUUUUGUGUAUCAAUAUUUUAUACUUUUUAGGGAAUAUUUUAUUUUUUAGUAAUUUUUGUCAAAUUAUAAUUUUAAAAGGUACAGCAGAGAAUAUACCAUGUUUUUAUAUAGGUUCAUCCCUGUACUUAGGAGGGACCCUGUCCAUCUAUAUACUUUUUGUAUAAAAUUUUAAAAUGUUGAAGGUCCACAAGGUCAUAAUAAAAUGCUUUCAUAGCUAGAAAAACAUUUACCCUUCCCAGUGCUUUGCACUAAAAUAUACUGUGAAAGGAAACUAGAAAGACUGUAACUGUUGCUGGAAAUGUUCUAUAUUGAAUGUACAUGCUCUUGUUGGAAAAAUGUACUAUAUGUGAUGGAAAUAAACCAGACUCGAAGUUAUUUCAGCUAAAUGUGCUUCAACCAAGGUGCAUUGGUUGAAACUUAAAUGUUUUAUUAUCAAAUUUAAAUUUAUUCAGUGACUAUGAGCAGCUACACUUGAAAUUUAUCCUGAUAGUUUUAUUUUUAAGAAUUAGAGUGAUGAUUUCUCUUUAAUUUAAAAACAGAUUUACUUUUCCACAUAUGGAAAACUUGUACUUAUAGGUCUAACUUUAAUGAUUAAUAGUGUAAUAUAUUUAGGGAACUAAAUGUGUAGGUGUUAUUUCAUUUAUAAACCAUCUUCGUUAGUUGCACAUUAUUAAACCUGUAUGUUUGACUUUU